GGAACCUUGGUACGCUGGGGUUUGUUUCCCUACGGUGAUCCAUUUCCAAACACCGAUUUACUUCCUGUUAGAAUCUUCAACAGAGGCAAACCACAGAAGCUAAACAAUUGUUUCAGCUUUUGGACAAAAACUAUUAAUGUAGCAUAAAUACCGUUCACCAAUAAUGAUUCCUUACACUGUCAACAUCAAACUCGCGGCUCGGACGUUGACUGGCACUCUCAAUUUGCAGAAUAAAACCGCUGUAGAUUGGGGUUGGCAAGGGCUGAUAGCUCAGGGAUGUCACUCCAGUAUUCUCAUCAUCGAUCCAAAGACGUCUCAGACCAUCCAGGUGUUGGAGAGGCACAAAGCUAAUGUGGUCAAGGUGAGAUGGUCGAGGGAAAACUACUACCACAACGUAAGUUCUCCCUACUGUCUGCGGCUGGCUUCAGGAGAUGCCUCGGGGAAGAUCAUAGUGUGGGAUGUGGUGAGCGGCACUGCCCAUUGUGAGAUCCAGGAGCACUCCAAACCUAUCCAGGACUUGGAGUGGCUGUGGAAUCAGGAUGCGUCUCGUGAUCUGCUGUUAGCCAUCCACCCUCCCAACUACAUUGUCCUGUGGAACGGAGACACGGGCACCAAACUGUGGAAGAAGAGCUACGCUGAGAACAUCUUGUCCUUUUCUUUUGACCCCUUUGACACCUCCAACAUGGCGUUGCUGACCAGCGAAGGAAUAGUCUUCAUCACAGACUUUUCCCACUCCAAACCACCGAGCAGUGCCGGCAAAAAGGUCUACAUCGCCAGCCCCCACGCUAGCCCCGCCCACACCAAGCCUGCCCCCGCCGCCGCCCCGGCCCCUACCGGAGCCAAGAAGGCCCUCAACAAGGUCAAAGUGCUCAUCACCAAUGAAAAACCCACUGCGGAGGCGGUGACGUUGAACGACUGCCUGCAGCUGUCCUACCUGCCAUCCAAGAGGAACCACAUGCUGCUGCUUUAUCCCAGAGAGAUCCUCAUCCUGGACCUGGAGCUCAGCCAGACGGUGGGCGUGGUGGCCAUCGAGCGCUCCGGGGUGCCCUUCCUUCAGGUGAUCCCCUGCGCUCAGCGGGAUGCCCUCUACUGUCUCCAUGAGAACGGGUGCAUCACCCUCCGAGUGUGUCGCUCCACCAUCACUCCAGAGGAAACAUCAGAUCCUGAGCAGAAUGUGUACGAGCUCAUGUACGACCUGCGCUCUCAGUGCGAUGCAAUCCGAGUCACCAAGACCGUCCGGCCGUAUCGCAUGGUCAUCUGCCCCGUCAACGAAAACAACGCUGCGCUGAUGGUCAGCGACGGCAGAGCCAUGCUGUGGGAGCUCAAAGCCCACACCGGCAGGGCUGUCGUCAAUCCCAAUUCCGGUCUGUCGCCGCUUUACACUCCCGUGUCAUUUUGUGGAUCUCCACUGGGUCCAAACCAGAAAAGGAUUCAGGAUCUCUCCCUCAACAGCAUGAUUGGUCAGACCUUGAUAGCUGGUGAGGCUCUCCCUCCAUCAUCCAACCAGCAAGAGGUCCAGUUGAAGUUCCUGCUGACGGGCCUGCUGUCUGGUCUGCCGCUGCCACCAUUUGCCAUCCGCAUGUGUCCACCUCUUACCACCAAAAACAUCAACCACUACCAACCCCUGCUGGCUAUAGGAACAAGUAAUGGGUCUGUACUGGUCUAUAACCUGACCAGCGGUCUUCUCCACAAAGAACUCAGUGUCCACUCUUGUGAAGUCAGGGGGAUUGAAUGGGUGAGUCUCACCAGCUUCUUAUCUUUUGCCACUUCUUCUCCCAACAACAUGGGCCUAGUGCGAAAUGAACUGCAGCAUGUUGACCUGCCUACUGGACGAUGCUUUGCAUUCAGAGGCGAGCGAGGAAACGAUGAGCCACCCAUAGAGAUGAUUAAAGUGUCACAUCUCAAACAGUACCUGGUGGUGGUGUUCAGAGACAAACCCCUGGAGCUGUGGGACACCAGGACGGGGACACUUCUCCGAGAGAUGGCUAAGAACUUCCCCACUGUUACUGCAUUGGAGUGGUCCCCGUCCCACAACCUGAAGAGUCUGAAGAAGAAGCAGAUGGCAGCGAGGGAGGCCAUAGCUCGUCAGACGGUGUCAGACGCAGAGCAGAGCAGUGUUGAAUCCUCAGUCAUCAGUCUCCUGCAGGAUGCAGAGAGCAAGUCAGAGACCAGCCAGGCCAUCUCAGCCAGGGAGCAUUUUGUAUUCACUGACACCGACGGGCAGGUCUACCACAUCACCGUAGAGGGCAACACUGUCAAAGAUGGUGCACGAAUUCCCCCUGAUGGCAGUAUGGGUAGUAUCGCCUGCAUCGCUUGGAAAGGCGACACCCUGGUACUCGGAGACGUGGACGGCAAUCUCAACUUCUGGGACCUCAAAGCUCGUUUGUCCAGGGGAAUACCAACACAUCGUGGCUGGGUGAAGAAGAUCCGCUUUGCCCCCGGUAAGGGCAACCAAAAGCUUCUGGUGAUGUACACAGAUGGAGCGGAGGUCUGGGACACCAAAGAGGUCCAAAUGGUGAGCAGCAUGCGAAUCGGGCGCAAUGUGAACUACCGCAUCUUAGACAUUGACUGGUGCACGUCGGACAAGGUGGUGCUGGCCUCUGACGACGGCUGUAUCCGAGUGCUGGAGAUGGCCAUGAAGUCCGCCAGCUACCGCAUGGAUGAACAAGACCUCACCGAUCCAGUGUGGUGUCCUUACCUGCUGGUUCCCCGAGCUGCCCUCACUCUCAAGGCUUUCCUCCUGCUGCAGCCCUGGUCAGGAACCUUCACCAUGGACAUCACCCAAGUAGACUACAAUGAGAAAGACGAGAUAAAAGGCCUGAUCCAGGAGCAGCUCAACUCCUUGUCUAAUGAUAUGAAGAGCGUUCUACAGGACCCGGAGCUCAGUCUGCUGCAGCGCUGCCUCCUGGUCUCACGGCUGUUCGGAGAUGAGUCUGAUCUUCAUUUCUGGACGGUGGCGUCCCACUACCUCCAGUCGUUUGCCCAGGCUCGUCUGCUGAGUGCGUCCACUGCAGAGGGUCAGGACAAAAGUGAAGGAACCCAGACGUCACCUCAGAGCCACCUGGACAUCUGCCAUGACGUCCUGUGUGAGAGCUCUUACUUCCAGAAAUUCCAGUUGGAUCGGGUUCACCUGCAGGAGAUGAAGCGCUCCAGUUAUGAACACACUAAGAAAUGUGCCGACCAGCUCCUCCUGCUGGGUCAGACGGACCGGGCGGUGCAGUUACUGUUGGAGACGAGUGCAGACAACUCCAGCUACUACUGCGAUUCACUCAAAGCCUGCCUAGUGACCACCAUCACCUCCUCAGGCCCCUCACAGUCCACCAUCAAGCUAGUGGCCACCAACAUGAUCGCCAACGGCAAGCUGGCAGAGGGAGUACAGCUGUUGUGUUUGAUUGACAAGGCAGCGGAUGCUUGCCGCUACUUGCAGACCUACGGGGAGUGGAACCGCGCCGCCUGGCUGGCUAAGGUGCGUCUGAGCCCGGCAGAGAGCUCAGAUGUGCUGAAGCGCUGGGCAGAGCACCUGUGCUCCCCGCAGGUCAACCAGAAGUCCAAAGCCAUCCUGGUGCUGCUUUCCCUGGGCUGCUUUUACAAAGUGGGAGAGAUGCUCCACAAUAUGAGGUACUUUGAUCGCGCCGCCCUCUUCAUCGAAGCCUGUCUGCAGCACGGGGUGAUGGAGGCCAACGACUCGUCAAAUAAACUAAUCAAGGCUGCAUUUGUGGAGUAUGCACGGCUGCUGCGCUCAAUGGGCCUGCGGGAGGGCGCCGCCCUGUGGGCAUCACGGGCCGGAAGUGCUGGAGAGCAGCUGAUGGAGGAGCUGUUCCAGGGGGAGGGAAGCGUGCCAGAAGCCGUGCUUGACGAAGAGGAAGUAGAGCCGGGCCAGGAGAAAGCCGAGUGACCUCGUAUGACGUUGUGAAUUGACUUUGUGUCGGCAUCCAGGGGGAUCACGAUGAUCAUCUCCACGGCAUGGGAAAAGAGGAGAUAUGAGGAGUUUCUUCUGUGUGAAGUUGUCGGUCCGUCACUGGAGUCUGCCUGUGUCUGUGACUGUAACAACAUUUCUUAAUGUUUGGUAUGACCAGUGUGUGUUUGUGCUCAUGUGUAUGCAUGUAACAACCCCAAAAGAAACACACUUCUGUGAUGAUUCCCCCAACAGGUGAAGUAGAACACAUUGCUGAUAUCAGGUCAGUUUUUUUGUUGCUAUGAAUUUAACUCAUUUAAAUGGUUGCUUGUUAAGAUUUAUUUUGAGUGAAUAUCUUCAAAGUACUGUUGUAGCUCCACAGGUUUAAUUUGCCUUUUUGCUGCUGAGGCAGAAAUUAAUUUAACCCAAAAAAUAAUAAGUUCCCUAUUUCACUUUAAAAAUGCGUUACCCAUAAAGAAAGAUGCCCUUAAUGACUAAAUUCCAAAAUGAGUGUUGAGCACUGUUGAUUUAACCAAAAACACCACAUUAGUUGAAUGAAAACUUAGAUUUUUUUCCAAUAGAGACACAACAUGUUUUAGACAGACACCUAACAGACUGGGCGUUAUGUCCACAGCAGGUGGUGCUGUGUAAUUGACUGACCAAAGCCUGCUACUGCACCAGCCUGUGCAGCUGUAACUGUUGGAUGGCAGCAAGUUAUUUAGCCAGGCCAACCUGUGCUCAUUAGACACUUAUUAGUAUAUUAUCUCCCUGCACACAGAGCAGAGAGGUAUCAGACCUUUGCCACCUGAGUGAUACCAUUUAAUUAGUUUGUGUAGGGUUCGGUUCCGUUAAAUAGAUGUUCAUUGAUCCAUUCCAUUAAUCCAAAUGGAAUUUUUAAUUUCCUAUUUUUAUAGACUCGAAGGAAUACUUUGCUCUCUGUGUUCUUUGAUGUUAGUAUAAUGAGCUUGUUCUCUGGCGUGCGUAUUACAAGAAGAGCUGUCAAAACGUGCUGUAACUCAUUUUAAUCCGACCUCCGGUGGAUCAUUUACACACAAACAAUAAUCUGUGCUGCUCGCGCUGCGGCUCAUCACAAUCACAAAGCCUGACACGCAGUUUGAGAAAUAGUUUAGACUUAGCUGCCAUAACUCCUCUGCUCUGCUUUCCACUCAUGUUUUUAUGGUAGAUAUCAUCAAAAAUCAUCUGUAUGACAAUGCAAAGAAUUUAGUGAUUGAGUGUUUCAUUGCAUUGUAACGUGUUUAGUUGUCCUGAAACUAGACGGUAACUCCAUCCGCUGGACCUUUUUGUGUGGUAUUGUGUUUCAUAAACACAUCAGUGUUGUUUCCCUUGUGUUAAACUUAACCCAAGGCGGUAUCACUAUGGCAACCCUGGCCUAUUUUAGGGGACUACAUGUUGGAUCUCAUAAAGAGCCAGCAUAUAGACUCACACAACCCAGCGGAUAAUCAUCUGUAGUUCACCCGAUGCUGUGUAUCUUCCUGCGAUCACCAUAGCAACGUGUACUGUACUCGAGUGUGAUUACACUCGCUGCUUUUCUUUCUUCUGUAGUGUGUGUUCAUUAUGUGUACAGUGAUCCCAAUGCUUUAAAUUCUAGAACUAUUCCAAGAGAAAAAAAAAGAUAUAUGUAUAUAUGGAU